UUUAUGUUCCCUACAGGAGCUACCGAUACAAAGGCCUGACCCAGAAGAAAUUCUGCGUCACCUGUACCAUCAAGAUCAAGAUCAAGUGCACGCUGCUCAAGCCACCAGCCACGACGUCUACAGUUCGUGGUGUUGGACCCUUCCAUUACAAGAAUAAGUGUGUCAAGUAUUUUCAUACAACCUACCAUGACUGCAAGAGGUCUUGUGUUUGUGACCGGCAAUGCCAAGAAGCUGGAGGAAGUUCGUGCAAUUCUUGGGGAUUCAUUUCCUUUCAGAUUAGUGAGUCAGAAGAUUGACCUGCCAGAAUAUCAAGGCGAGGCAGAUGAGGUCAGCAGAAAAAAGUGUGAGGCAGCGGCAGAACUGGUGAAGGGUCCUGUCAUCGUGGAGGAUACCUGUCUUUGUUUUAAUGCUCUUGGUGGCCUGCCAGGUCCUUAUAUAAAAUGGUUUUUGGAGAAGCUGGGGCCUACUGGUCUUCAUAAAAUGCUUGCAGGUUUUGAGGAUAAGUCUGCUGAAGCAGUCUGCACAUUUGCAUAUUCUUCUGGAGACUCGAAGGAGGAAGUGCUCCUCUUCCAUGGCAAAACUCUGGGUACAAUAGUCGAACCUCGUGGUGAUAACAACUUUGGAUGGGACCCUUGCUUUCAGCCCAAAGGUUACAAAGAAACGUAUGCAGAAAUGGACAGCGCAAUAAAGAAUGGAAUCUCUCAUCGCUUCCGAGCUGUUGAUGCUCUCAGGGAUUACUUUACUGGGAAGGAGGGACAGAAAUUACUAGCAAAGAAGCUGAAAAUAGAUGAAAACAAUGGCAGCUAAUAUUUAACUGCCUUAGGUAUGUUGUAUUCUUUAGCCAACUAAACCUAACUAUUGUUUUGAAUUUUCAUAAUUAAAGUAAAUGAUUAAGAUGUUCACUGACUCAGACCAAACCUGAGACAUUCUUGUACUCAUAAAAUUUUAGUGUUCCUAAAUGUGUAUUUACCUAAUUGUAUUGUACAGGUUUCGAGUGUGUGUGUGUGUGUGUGUGUGUGUGUGUGUGUGUGUGUGUGUGUGUGUGUGUGUGUGUGUGUGCAAAUUUGACAUAGUACAUGAAAACACCACAUCAUUGCCUCAACAGAAAAAGUAAAUAUGAAGAAGAGGAACUCAUCACAACUUAUAAGAUCUUGUCAGACAAAUUUAAAAUAAACACAAACAUAUAUGCA